GAAAAUUCGCACCAGGUGUCAAAAGAGUCCAGGACGAGGUCCUUUUGAGUCGGUCAUUGAUUCACAUGAAUGAGCUACACGACCUAAAAGGAUAGGUUGAAUGGUACUAGAAUGAUAUCGGCCGUCAGAUGCGUGGACCCGACGUGUGUGGGGGAGGAAUUUUAACCGCUUGGGGGAGAGGAGUGAAGGAACAGGAGGAGAAAGUAAAUUGGUGCAAGCAAGCUAGGUGCGAAAGAGCAGGGGAGGCUCCAAAAAGGGGACUUGGGUUCGGCGUAUAAACAGAUAUAUAGCUUCAGGAAAGAGUCCAUCAGGGAGAAAUUAACAGGGGCGUGCGUGAGAGAGAGAGGGAGAGAGGGAGAGAGAGAGAGAGAGAUCUUCUUCUUCCUGGUUCUUGCAGUUGCAGCAGCUUUUUGGAGGUGUUUCUGGAAGAUAGACAAGCUCAACAACAAGGUCCAACACAAGAGACCGCUGCAGACUGAGGAAGCGUAUAAAACUGGAAGAAUAGUAAUGCGACUGACAUGGGGAAGAGAGGGAGUUGGUUUGCUGCUAUCAAAAGGAUUUUCGUAACCAAUUCCAAGGAGAAACCAACCAAUGACACAAAGGUAAAAGAAUCGAAAGGAAAGAAGAAAAAGGAGCCGAGACAACUGAAGUAUGGAGAGAGGAAGUCAUUCAAGAUUCCGCUCUUCAGAGAGCCUAGCAGCAUCGAGGAGAUACUGGGAGAAGCCGAAAGAGGGCACGAUAUUCUAUUUCAGCCUCCCACGCCUCCAGAGCAACUGCAAACGCAGUUGAUUGUGCCUCCUCGAGUAGCUUCAACAAGCAAUCCGUCUCAAAGGGCUGCUUCUCCUAGAGUUGUUUCUCCGAGAGCCACUUCACCUAGAGUUGCCUCACCAAAGGUAGCAUCACCGAGAGCUGCUUUGCCAAGAGUUGGUUCGCCUAGAUCUACCUCCCAAAGAGCUGCUUCGCCUCGAGCUGCUUCACCAAGACCUGCAUCUCCCAGGGUUGCUUCUUCCAGAGCUACUUCUUCUAGGAGCUUUAAUCAUCAGAAGGAAGUCAUUGUCCAACCAGAACUGAGCAUACCUGUCCAGCUUGCUUCAGCUAUUAAGAUUCAAGCUGCCUUCAGAGGGUAUAUGGCAAGAAAAAGCUUCAGAGCUCUAAGAGGCUUGCUAAGACUUCAAGGAGUCAUAAGAGGGCAGACUGUCAGGCGACAAACGAUGAAUGCCUCAAAGCAAAUGCAUCUUUGUGUGCGAGUUCAGUCGCAGAUUCGAUCUUGGAGGAUUCAGAGGUUAGAAAACCAAGCACGGAAUCAAGCUCAGUACAAGAACGACAAGGAAGUGGAAAGCACCUGUGGCAAAUGGAGCCUAGCGUCUGAGGCAGGUAACAGAGAGGGCUGGGACGAGACCGUGCACACAAAGGAGGAAAGAGAGGCGAGGCUUCAAAGGAAGGCGGAGGCAGCCAUCAAGAGAGAGAGAGCAAGGGCUUACGCGUACUCUCGUCAGUUAUCGAGAGCUAAUUCUAGAAUGGCUCAAACAUCUCCGGCAGACAUCCAAUCAGGCGUAUUUCCUUGGUGGUGGAACUGGAUAGAACGACAACUUCCCUUGUCCAAUCCGGCUGAAAACCAAUCCGUGAAGAGUUUCCGCCUCACACCACCGAGGCGAAACUCUGAGCCAAAGCCGAGUCCAAGGAUACUCUCUAGCAACCACAAGCUUCAGACACCUGAUAAUUUUGACGCCACCACACCAAGAUCAUCGAGAUCGAUGAUGGUUUGGUCAUCAAAGCAAGGACGGGCGACGCCAACAGGAACACCAAGGACCAGCAGUCCAAGCAUAAGCAAAUAUUCGAUGCCAAGAGCUAGCGAACCCGUAUCUCCCUUUGGUUUGCCGAUGAGGGAUGACGAAAGCCUCACUAGUUGCCCGCCAUUUUUGGUCCCAAACUACAUGACUCCAACCGUCUCUGCCAGAGCAAAAGCAAGAGCUAACAGCAAUCCUAAAGAAAGGCGUCCGGGCACUCCUAGCAGCGAAUCUAGCAGGCGUCUCUCGUACCCUUUUACACGAGGAAUCGGAUCAGCAUUUGCUUGGAACAAAGGCUCCGGCUCUCAAAACGCCUCAAACAAUGAUCAGCACGACCGGCAGUCCAUCGGGAACAUGAGCAUCGGUUCGACCGCGUCUUCCAUGGUUGGGAGGAAGCCAUUUAACAGAUUCGUGUGAUUCUUCUUCAACAUAAACUUACUCCUUUUCCUUUCUUGGCAGUGAUGUUCCUUUUUAAUUCCUUCCUUUUGCGCUGGAGUGUAUUAGCGUUGCUGAGUGACAAAACAUUGAUUGGUAGUAAGGAGACAAUUAGGAAAACCAUGAUGUUUGUAUGUAUCUGAUUCUGAGAGAGGCUUGCUGCACACUGAUUUAUUUAGGUGGAUAAGGGGUGGUUUGAGAUUACUAGUCUAUGUAUUGUAUUUGCUUUACAAUGGGUUUCCUUGCACUGUGCAUAUCGAUCUGGGUAUUUUAUUUCA